UGGGUGUAUGCCCUGGAGCGCUAGCCAGCCAACGUUUGCUGACUAGUCACACGCAUACCAAAUAGGGUCUGUUUUCCGUCCCUUCAAUGGGGAUUCACUCCACGCUUGCGAUGAUGUAGCUCACUUGUAACGGAAGCACACUUGCUUCCAAGAAGCGAGAGCAGAGGCCAUGGCAGAAGCCGGAGACGCCACCACCGCGACCGCGCGGUCUUCUUCGCCGCUCCACAUCGUGGUGUUCCCGUGGCUCGCGUUCGGCCACAUCAUCCCCUACAUGCAGCUCUCGGAGCAGCUGGCGCGGCGCGGGCACGCCGUCACCUUUGUGUCCACGCCGAGGAACCUCGCCAGGCUGCGGCCCGUCCCCGAGGACCUCCGCCCCCGCAUCCGCCUCCUCCCCCUGCCCCUGCCGCGCGUCGACGGCCUCCCGGACGGCGCCGAGUCCACGGCCGACGUCCCGCCCGAGAAGGGCGACCUCCUCAAGGUGGUGUUCGACGGCCUCGCCGCUCCUUUCGCCGACUUUCUCGCGGGGGCCUGCUCCGGCGGUGGCGUCGGGGAGGGCGCGAUAGGGUUAUGCAAGAAGCCCGACUGGAUCUUCGUCGACUUCGCGCACCACUGGCUCCCGCCCAUAGCUGAGCAGCACAAGGUACCGUGCGCGCUCUUCUCCAUCUUCCCGGCGUCGUUCAUCGCCUUCGCCGGCACGAAGGCGGCGAACGAGGCGCGCCCGCGGGUGACGGCGGAGGACCUGACGGCCCAGCCGCCGUGGAUCCCGUUCCCGACCCCCAUCGCCCACCGCCUCUACGAGGCCGAACAAAUGGUCUACGUUUUCCGCCCUAAAGCCUCCGGCUUAUGCGACGCCUUCCGCUUCUGGGAGACGGAGCGGCAAUGCACACUCUUCAUCCUGCGCAGCUGCCGCGAGGUCGACGGAGCGCUCUGCCCCCUCAUCGCCGACCUCUUCGGCAAGCCACUCGCCCUGUCCGGCCUCCUCGCUCCAUACGACGCCGCGCGCGCCGCCCAAGAAGCCGGCCGCGAGAACGACGACGAGAAGAGCGCGAGCCUCAUGCGCUGGCUGGACGAGCAGCCGGCGAGGUCGGUGCUCUACGUCGCGUUCGGGAGCGAGGCGCCGCUGACAGCAGAAAACAUCCGCGAGCUGGCGGCCGGGCUGGAGCUGUCGGGCGCGCGGUUCCUCUGGGCGCUGCGGGAAGCCAGCGCCCCGCUGCUCCCCGACGACGGGUUCGCAGAGCGCGUGGCCGGGCGCGGCGUCGUGCGCGCCGGAUGGGUGCCGCAGGUGCGGGUGCUGGCGCACGGCGCGGUGGGCGGGUUCCUGACGCACGCCGGGUGGAGCUCGCUCAUGGAGAGCUUCCUGUUCGGGCACCCGCUGGUGAUGCUCCCGCUGUUCGCCGACCAGGGCCUCACGGCGCGGGUCAUGGCGGCGAGGGCGGUCGGGCUGGAGGUGGCCAGGGACGAGCGCGACGGCUCGUUCGGCCGGGCCGACCUCGCCAGCACGGUGCGGCGGGUGAUGGCGCGGGAGGACGAGGAAGGGAAGGCGCUCGCGCGCAACGCCAGGGAGUUCCAGGAGAUGCUGUGCGACAGGGCCAAGCAGGAGGAGUACGUCGACGAGCUCGUGGAGCACCUGCGGCGACUGGCAUAGGGCGCAGCCCUGUUCAGCCUCUAAGUCAAAAUAAGCAGUCAUGGAAUCAAUGUACUCGCACUCGUGUUCUUCACAUAUUUGCAACCAAUAUGGAGUUGCAAUUUUUCAGACAUCAUUUUUAAAUAAACACAUGAAUAUUUGGAAUAUUAAAAGUA